AUGAUAUUUCUUAUUAAUGAAAAGAAAAAGGAAUUAGAACAAAUGGAUAAAGAUAUAAAAGAAAUGAAAGACAAAUUGAUCCCAGAAGUGGAAGAUGGAACAUAUGUAGAAUUGCUAGACAAAAUAGAGAGAAGAGUCAAAGAUUUAGAGAUUCAAGUGAAAACUACAAAGCACAAAAAAUUGAUGAGAGACAAAGAGGAUUAUAAUCUGGGAAGACAGAGAAAUUGGAGAAAACAUACAUUCAACACACAUGACAAUCAUCAUAACAACUAUCCACCAUAUCGUCAAUAUCAACCACGCAGAUUAUCCAGUUACCAAAAUUACAGAAACCAAUCACAACCAUCCAAAUAUGUAUACCCAUCACGAUCAGUCCCACAACAGCACUAUCAUCAUUCAUCCCACUUAUCACACAAAGAUCCCCCAGUACCUAAACCUUGCACUCCUUGCACUCCCCUUAAGAAACAACCACCAUCUGUUAAACUACCAAAACACAAUUCACCACCACAAUCGUCACGAAGUUUAUAUGUAGAGACUCCCUCUUCGCCAUCUUUUUUAGGAACUUUUUUAGGGAGAAAAUGA